AUGGGAGCCGAAAACAGCCUUAUUCACAGACGCAACGUUAAUAUAAUACAACCAUCGGAACCUGAAAAUUUAGAAUUAGGUGAAUCUAGAGCUAAUGCUCCUACAGUUCCAGUUUACGAUAAUGCUGAUGCAUCUCGUCAAAGAAACUCGCCUGCAACAACUGCAACGGAAAUUUCUGGCAAGCCACGUUCAAAGAUAACCAACCAUCAACCUAUUCCAUCACACCAACUUCUUCAGAAUCAGCGGUAUAUUAUUGGCGAAGUGGAGAGAUCUCAUGUGGUACCGCACAUGCAACUACGACGACAAGCAAGAGAAAUUAGGGAUAAUGAGGAUGAGGAAACAAUUCCAAACAAUUAUCGUCAAUUGUCAACAGAUGAUUAUGUAAUGCCCGUUAUUUGGUUGGAUAACGAAGUUCGUGAUUCAGAGGAAAAUCUAAAGAUGCAAGAUGAAUUAAACGUUGUAACACCAUCACUAAAAGUAUUCAACAACAUUGAAGACUGUGAAGACUAUAUUCGAAAAUUAGCCACUACUGAUAAAGUGAUUUUGAUCGUAGCUGGGAGUGUUGGCAGUAUUCUUGUCCCAUCUGUUUAUGAUUCAGAACAGAUAGAUGUUAUUUACAUUUAUACUGUAGCAGGAAAAGAUAAAAGAUCUGAUACUAUUGGCAUUAUCCAACUAGAAUUAUGCAGUGAAGAAGACCCAGAACUGCGCAAAAUUAUCUCGCAUUGGACAAAACAAAUUGAAACUAGAACUAAUGAAGCUUCAUUGGGUUGGUUAAUCAUGCAAACAGGUCAUUUAGAUAAAGCCGCAAAGUUUUAUGAAACAUUGUGGAAUCGAUUACCACAUAAUGAUCCUUUGAUCGUAGAUUGUUACUAUGGUUUGGGUAAUUGUAAUCAAAAUGCUGGAUAUUAUAAUGAAGCCAUUUUCUACCAUACUGAAGCAUUUAAGGCUGCAGAGGAAGUACGCAAUGGUGAAAAAUGGUUUGCCAAAGGUUACAGUUCAUUAGCAGAUGACUACUUUCUUAAUAAUGAAAUGGAAAAAGCACUUGAAUUAUAUCAAAAAGCAUUACCGAUUUACACAUCCAAAUAUGGUGAAAAACAUCCAGAUACUGUAAAGUGUCAUACGAAUCUCGGUAAAGCUCAUGAGAAAAUGGGAGAAUAUAAAUUGGCAGAAGAGUCAUAUCAAACUGCAUUUAAACUGACUAAGUCUUCUGGAUCGAAAAAAGAUCCAUUUGAUCUUGCUACAUCAUCAAUCAACUUGG